GGUUUGUUAUUUUUGAGUUACUACUUGAUUUCAAUUUUCAAAGUUCACAGCUUUAAUUAAACACACUCGUUCACUUUUCAUGUUAACUUUGUUGUGAUCGAUCUAAUAAGGGAAGACAAUAUGAUGUUUUUUUUUUUUUGUAAUUAAGAGAAUAUGAUGUUGUGGAUUGAUUUUUCAUGUUAAUCUUAGUUAUGAUUCAAGGAAGAGACAGUCUUAUGUUAAACCCAUCUAGCUUUACAUCAUCCUCUAGGAUUGUUCCAGUUUUGAUUUAAUUGAAUUUUGAUACUGAGUGUCUUCUGAAAAUGAUUCUCUUAGAUUAUGUUCUUUGAGUUUACAAUAUUGAUGGGGUUGUUAUGCUCUCAUGUUGGCUCCUUCUUAUACGUCUCUCUAGCUCAUCAAAAAGCCUUUUACCUCUUUGUGAAAGUGGGCGUAAAUCUCAUUCCUUUAGCACUGAUUCCAUAUCUUAUGUCUUUUCACUAUCUUUGAUGUAGAUGCCUCAUCAUCUCCAUGAUCAUUUCCUUUAGGUUCAUAGGUUUCUGGAUUAAAAGAAAAAAAGCACAUUUGUCCUCUCGUUUCUUUAUUUCUUUUCAUGAAGAUUCUCAGUUUCUAAGGGUAGAACAAGGAGAGAAGUUGAUCUAAAGCAAAAUAAAUAGUUGAGAAUAUUCUUGAGAGAUUUUUUUUUUUUUUUUGACUGAGGGAAAAAGACAGAAUCCGAAUAAUUAUGUGAAAAAAAAGGAAUUUGAUUCAAUGGUUCAUGUCCUCAUUAAAUAAAUUUUUCAUAUAUUUAACUUGCUGAAUUUGAGUCUCUUCUCUCCUUGUCAUUUAGCAUCAUACAUUGCAAAGCUACUUUUCACCCUUCUGAAACUUAAGGCUACUGUGUGGUGUUGUGCAAAACUGCUAUUUUCUCAAUGGCUAUGGCUAAUGACUUUGGAUAUUCAACUGCUAUGUCUUCAUCUUUUUCAGCUCUACAUGCCACUGUAGAAGACAGAUACCACAAGUUUCCCAACUCUUUCUGGGGUUCAUCAGGGGAGGAACUGAUGAACAACCAUGUGCCCUAUCAGGUUGUCAACUCUGGUGGUGUAUAUCUGUCCGGAUUCUGCAACGUUUCUGCCGUCUCAACUCAUGGAAGGACUUCCCAAACACAGCCACCUGUAUCCACCAUGCCAAGUGACAGAUCCUCUAUGCAACAGCCACCUGUAUUCACCAUGCCAAGUGACAGAUCCUCUAUGCAGGAUUGCCAACAAUCCUCUUCAUUGAUUAAUCAUCACCCUCAGGAGUUUUUAGAUCCACUUGAUGAGCUCUUUGACUUUUCUGACCAUGUUUCUGCUCCUAAUCCACAAGCAGAGAGUAGUGGUGUAGUAAAGGUGGUUGAUCUUCAUGAGAAAAGCGAGUGGCAAAACUGGGCAGAUCAGUUGAUGUCUGUUGACAAUGGUUCAGAGCCAAACUGGUCUGAACUUCUUGGAGAUCCAAGUCCAAACAAUCAAAACUCACAGGCUCAGUUUCAUCAGCGUUCACAACAGAUACCGACACCAUCUCCAGAUGUACAAAGGCAAGAGAUAAUAGCUAACCAGCAGCAGCAGCAUCAGGUGGUUUCGUUGGAGGAGCAGCUCAGUGCAAGAAACUCAUCAGCUAGUGCUGCCACAUCUAAACAGAGGAUGCGUUGGACACCAGAGCUUCAUGAGGCGUUUGUUGAAGCUGUUAAUCAACUUGGUGGUAGUGAACGAGCCACGCCUAAGGCUGUUUUGAAGCUCUUGAAGAACCCUGGCUUGACCAUAUAUCAUGUUAAAAGCCAUUUGCAGAAAUACAGAACAGCUAGGUAUAAACCGGAGACUUCAGAAGCUACAGGAGAACCUCAAGAGAAGAAGAUCACAUCCAUUGAAGAUAUCAAAUCUCUUGACAUGAAAACGAGCGUUGAGAUCACACAAGCUCUGAGGUUACAGAUGGAAGUUCAGAAACGUCUCCAUGAGCAGCUCGAGAUCCAACGGUCCCUGCAGUUACAGAUUGAAAAACAAGGCCGAUACCUACAGAUGAUGUUUGAGAAACAACAACAGUUGCAAGAGAACAAUGGCUCUUCCUCAGAGCCAUCACCAAAGCAAUGUAAUGGGACAUCUGCAGAAGUAGACUUUGGACUCGUGGCACAAGCAGUGAAUCAAACUGAAUCUGCUUUAGCAUCAAGGAAACGGGCCAGAGAUGAUUAGUACAUUAAAAAUAUGUUUUAUGGUUGAUUUGUGGAAACCAAGAGAUGCAAUAACUCCAGUUUUGUUAUAAAGAAAAGUUGUUUCUUCCUAGCUCUGUGUUUUGUUCUGUUUAGGAAGCAACGGUUAACAUGAUUACAUAUGACUCUCUUGGACAUAUAAAUGUUGUAUUUGAAAUCUAGCACUAUGGAAUUUUCUGAACUGAUAAGAUGCUGUGUAGGAUUAUGGUUAACUUAUCAGCAGCUC